UUUCUGCAGAAUUUACGUUUCUUCUUCAGCAGCGAAGGAAAGGAAAGGAAAGGAAAGCUCUGCUGCACGGCUGCACCCGCGCUGUGAUCCUUUCGAAUUUCCGGCGAGAGAGAUCGCAUCGAAGCUAGUGCGGUUUGGACGCCUCGAAUUUCCUAUUCCUUCUGCGUGUGGUUGCAGUUUUCGUGUUGUUGUAGUUGUUUUGAGAAGAUUUGGACGAAGGAAUUGAAGGAUGAGGAGCUGUUUCACCUGCCGCGCUUCGGAAGGGAGAUUCCCUCACAAAUCGUUCGAUGAGAGGCCUGAGCAUAAGAAAUCGAAAUCCUUCCCCUCGUUGUCUAAUCGGUCGUCUGGAAAAGCUGAGUACAUAGACGAAGAAAUAGAACAACUAGGGAAGGGAAACAUUUCUGCUGAGAUUUUCACAUACAAAGAGCUAUCCGAUGCUACUCAAAACUUCAGCCUUAAGGCUUUGAUAGGCGAGGGUGGAUUCGGGAGGGUGUAUAAAGGCUAUUCCAAGCGAAAAAACAUUGAUAUUGCAGUGAAAGAACUCAACAGGGAUGGUCUACAAGGAAACUACGAAUUUAUAGUCGAAGUUUUGAUGCUAAGCCUUCUUCACCACCCGAAUCUUGUCAAUUUAGUCGGAUACUGCGGGGAAGGCCAACACCGGCUGCUAGUUUACGAUUAUAUGCAAAAUGGUUCUUUGGAGGAUCAUCUCCUAAAUCUUGACGAGGAUCAGAAGCCACUCGACUGGUACACGAGGAUGAAAGUCGCGGAAGGAGCAGCAAAAGGGCUGGAGUACCUCCACGAAACGGCUAAUCCACCAGUAAUCUACCGCGACUUCAAGGCCUCAAACAUCCUCCUCGACAAAGAUUUCAACCCAAAGCUAUCUGAUUUCGGGCUCGCCAAGUUAGGACCGGUCGAUGGAAUAUCCCACGUUUCUACGCGUGUGAUGGGAACGUACGGCUAUUGCGCGCCGGAGUACGCCUCCACGGGGCGGCUGACUAAGAAAUCUGACGUGUACAGCUUUGGCGUGGUGCUUCUGGAGAUAAUCACGGGGAGGAGAGUGCUCGACUGCACCAGACCGAGUCAAGAACAGAACUUGAUCAGUUGGGCGGAGCCGUUGUUCAAGGACAAGAAGAGGUUUCGAGUGAUGGCGGAUCCGUUGCUGGAGGGGAAGUUCCCAGAGAAGGCGUUGUAUCAGGCGCUUGCCAUAGCGGCAAUGUGUCUGCAGGAAGACGACAUGGCGCGGCCGGUGAUUAGCGAUGUGGUAAUUGCUUUAGAGUAUGUGUGUGCUAACAGUAAAGUGAGGGUUGUUGCAGAUGCAGAUGAAGAAGACAAGCAAAAGCAUGGUGGUGAUGGUGAUGAAAGGGAAGUUAAGGAAGAUGAAGAGGAAGGUAAGAAUGAUGGUAAAGAAUGUAAAGAAUGUAAAGAAUGAUGGUAAAGAAUGUAAAGAAUGAAUAUGUUAUAAUAUAUAUAUAUAUAUGUGUGUGUAGAAAGUUAUUCUAUCCUGAUUUGAUUU